GUACAGCCGUGUCCCAGUCUUCGAAUCUGGAUCCAAUCAACUGUUUCAAUAGCAUGUCUGAAAUGCACAGCCCAGACCCUGAGCAUCCCACCUUGUCAGACCAACUAAGGGAGACCCUGAGAUGCUUACCAUCAUUGGCGCGUGGGAGACUCACGCCCAAAGCAUCUGACGCCCAUCAAGUAUAAAGAGCCUAUUUUCCGGUUGCCCUCUUGAAAUACAAUCCUUCGAGCUAUGGGUUUCCCGGUAUCACACCAUCAUGGCUUCUAAUGCACCCUCAUUUCACUCUGAUGCGUCCACCGAGUUUGACCCUGGCUCGGUGGACGCUAAGCUACCAAGUGAUGAUACUAUCACCCGUCGCUACAAGAUCUCCAAUACAGCAUGGCGGCACCAUUACAACGUAAAACUUGCAGAUGAUCAACAAAUAUACAGGGUGCGCGUGUCCGAGUUUCGACCAAAGAAGCCAGACCUCACCUUCCAUGCUGGGAUGGAUGACUCCGGUCCGAUCGUGGCAGUCGCCAAGUUCCAACAUUUUUCACGAGGUAUUCACAUUGGCCUAGGAGAUCCUCAAGCCCCAAGCGAGAUGGUGUGGGAGGAUCUUACCGGCCAAAGCAAAAGCCACAGCAAAUAUCGCUGGGAAAUGAAGGUCCCCACGAGCACUGGGCCACGGAGGCAGUCUUUCCUGUGGAAGCGGACACAUCAUGUCGGCCUCGAGGGUCACACUUGGACUCGGCUCAGCAACCGCAACUAUAAGUUAGUUGAAGAGCAAAGCGGCAACAUUCUGGCGAUUUUCAUGAGCAAUGUGGCUUCGUACAAGGAAAGUGGCAUGCUCCAGCUCUACGUGGAUCAUGGGCAACAAUUUGACCUCAUGGUCCUUGCGACAGUCCUUUCCUUACGAGUGAAAUGCGACGAGUUGCGGCCGGUCUGCUCGAACUGCUCGAAACGCAUGUCGUCUUGCAGGUAUGACUCUGCGACUUCAUUACUCUGGACCAACGAUGAGUUGCGGCCUCGCCCUCGGCCGAACAAGUCAGGCUCUGAAGGGCCGCGGGAGUCCGAAUCCACCUUUUCAACGACCGCCAAUUCGCUCCGCAUUCUGGGGAAAUUGAACGGCGACGACGAGCCGCAAUCAGUCGCGCGUCUCAACCUGAGCGACCUGGAGUUGAUGAUGCACUGGUGCAACUCAACCUACAAAGCACUUUCCCGGCACGGGAAAACAGAUGCUAUCUGGCAGGCCCGUGUUCCUGAGGAGGCUUUAUCCCACCCCUUUCUCAUGCACGGCUUGUUGGCCCUGUCGGCGAUCCACUUAGCGCGGACGAGAGAUGAAGUCAAGCGCGCGGCCUACGUGAGCGUUGCCGUGGCGCAUGAGAACCAGGCUCUGGCCUUCUUCCGCGAGCAGUUGAGCGACAUCAACGCAUCGAAUGCCAAAGCCAUGUUCGCUUUUGCUAGCGUUGUCGUGGUCUACACUUUUGGCUUUCUUCACCCCUCACAUGCCCCCGGAACGGACGAUCCGUGGGCGUGCAUCAAUGGCAUCCUGCAGGUAUUUACAUUGACGCGCGGCGUACAACAGAUUCUGAACGAGGCUACGUCGACGAUACGAGAUAGUGACUGGGGGGCCCUCUUUCAGCUGGAUGACUACGAUGAUGUGCUUCCCGAUGAUGAGCGGUCCGCUUUGGACCGACUGCACGAGGUGAACCACGUCUGCAAAGGCCAGGAUCCGGCUCAUGACUCGAUCACCUACGAGCAUGCAAUUGAGAAUCUGGCAGACCUGAUGGCGGCGGCUCAUCAAGGUGUGACCUCUGUAAGGCAGGCCUGCCGGUGGGCGAUUAGGCUCAAGGCCGAAUUCGUACAGCUGCUUCAGGAACAUCAGCCACUGGCGCUUGUCAUUGUGGCCUAUUACUGCGCAAUCCUUCAUCGGCUUCGGGAUAUAUGGUUUGUGGAUGAUUGGGGUAUCAGGGUCCUCAAGGCUAUAUGGCAGGUUUUGGAUGACCAAUGGCGACCGUUGCUCGAUCUACCCAUGGUAGGGACCUUUGGGGAUAAUUCCCACUGAGCGAUCGCCUAGCGAGCAACUUAGCAAUUGGCAUGAGCGAAUCGCCAGAGCCUUGAAUAUUUAAACCUCUCUUCUACCUCGCAGGGCGUCGUCGAAUCUAGUUGGUGUGAGUACUAUAGUAGUGAUUCUCCAAUCGACAAAUGGAACCUCACAAGGAUCGGUCGAACCACGGGUACACUGUACCCACGGAAGUGCUACUAGAUUCCCAAUCUUUGGAUAGGGACGAAUGUGACAUUUCUGUCAAUAAUGGACCUUGAUGCCCAGAGAGACGAAACGAUCUUCUCCAAAAUCAGUUCUUUGCUGCCUAUAUCUCGGUUACUUCGUUUAGCUCGUAUUCAUAUCCAC